AUGCGCAGUCUUCACAAAGAUGAUCGCUCAGGAACCGUAUUAGAUGAAAUCACAGAGGCAGGCCUAAUCCAUAAAUAUUUCUCAGAAGGCCACACAUAUGAAGUGAUCCUUGAUUUUCUUGGAACAAUGCAUAACAUUUUCCUGAGUCUGAGCACCUUAAAGAGAAGACUAAGGAAUGCAGGCCUAACAAGGAGGACAGACUAUACUCCCAUUAGCACUGUGAAUGCAGCUAUAACACAUGAAUUUACAGGCUCAGGUCAGCUUUUAGGUUACAGAGCUCUGUGGCAGACAUUGCAACAGAAGUAUUUCCUGAUGGUUAAAAGGGAUGAUAUAAUGCAUGCAAUUCGUAGACUGGACCCAUCUGGAGUUCAGCUUCGCCAUAGACACAGGUUUGUCCGAAGAGGAUACUUUACAGCAGGACCAAACCAAGUGUGGCAUGUCGAGGCGGAUGAUAAGCUCAAACCAUUUAGUGUUGCCAUCAGAGGCUGCAUUGAUGGGUUUUCUAGGAAAGGGAUGUGGCUCAGAAGUGGCAGCUCUAAUAACGACCCAGGGGUAAUUGCUUACCAUUACCUGCAGUGUGUAUCAGAGUUUGGAGUUCCAGCACGCCUUCGCACAGACUGUGGGACAGAAAAUGGCACUAUGAUAGCCAUUCACUGUGCAUUAAGAGCACAGCAUACAGAUGACUUUGCAGGAGCCCUCAUUCACAUGUAUGGCACUUCAACUGCAAAUCAGCGAAUCGAAAGUUGGUGGUCCUUUUUUAGAAAGCAAAGGACUCAGUUCUGGAUUGAUCGCUUCAGUGACCUGAGAGAGAGGCACUUUUUCAGUGGCAGCCAUGAGCACAAGUGCCUUCUACGGUAUGUCUUCUUGAGCAUCGUGCAGAAAGACCUUGAUGAGUACAGAGAACUUUGGAAUAACCACACCAUACGACCUGUUCGUCAGUCUUCUUGUCAUUCUGGUAAACCAGAAGCCAUGUAUCACCUGCCUCACAGGUUUGAUGCAAGGGACUGUGGAUUCCCAGUGUCACAGGAAGUUAUUCAAGAGUUUGAGGACAUUCUGCCACCACAGUGCAGUCUUUGUGGUGAUCGUAAUCUCCAAGUUAAUUUUUCGGAUUUGCAGAGACAGAGUGGGCUUUCUCCACCAGUCAACUGGAUAACUGCUGUUGAAAAUUACAUAACACUUAAAAAUAUGUCCAGAUUUUAAAAUCAUCAGUUCAAAGAACAACUUUAUUUGCUCACUGCAUAUGUCAUCAGUGUUUUACUGAACAUCAAUCAUUUAAACUGUGUAUAACAAAAUCUUAAGUUUUGUGCAAAGAACAUGCCAUGCAUUUCUGUU